CAACAGGUCAUUCUGUGCGAUGGAACUACCAUUCGGUCUAUACGCAAAACACGGAAACCGAGUGACCGUUACCGAAGCGUUAAUAACACAACAAGUGUCCCUUCACUCCACGAUACCGGUUCCAACGGUUCUUGACGUACUUCGGAACGGGCAGGACGGGCAUAUAUACUUCCUCAUGUCUCGACUCCCAGAUGGAGGUGUUUGUGACCACGGUGGGCGGAUGGUUGGAACAAUUGCGUGCGAUAGGACCGUCGCCCUAUGGUGACUCCGUCUGCGGCUUUCUCGGUGGACCAUUCUACAGCUACCGCAUCUUGCAUGACAGACCUGUUGGUCCCUUCGCCUCGCAGGAAGAUUUCCAUGCGCAGUGGUUUAAUACCCUCCCCGAAGAAGCAGACGCAGAGAUUCGUGCUCUCGCCAGCCGCUUGCGCAGUCAAAAGCGGUAUAGGAUAUGCCUCACGCACGGCGACAUAUCCCCCAAUAACAUUCUCGUGGACGAGGCCUAUAGACCCGUCGGCCUCGUCGACUUCGGCUGCGCGGCGUGGAUGCCGGAAUAUUGGGAACUCACAUAUUCGAUUUACGGACGCCAGCUCUUUUACCCUGGCUGGGUCAAGGCGUUCACGCAGAUCUUUCCGCAGUACAAAGACGAGCUGGCGGUGGAGACCGAGCUGUGGAAGUACGCCUCGCCGUGGUAG